AUUAAAGAUGGCUGGAUUGAUAGACAAGGCGAAAGAGUUCGUGGCAGAAAAGGUGGCCAACAUGGAAAAGCCCGAAGCCACCAUCAAAAAUGUUGAUCUCAAAGACAUCGGCUGCGAUUGCAUUACAUACAAAGCUGACGUCAAUGUUUCUAAUCCUUAUAGCACUCCUAUUCCUAUUUGUGAAAUCUCCUAUACCUUCAAAAGUGCUGGCAGGGUGAUAGCUCAAGGCACGAUCCCAGACCCUGGAUCGUUAAAGGCAAAUGCGGACACAAUGCUAGACGUUGGGGUGAAGGUGCCACAUAACGUGUUAGUGAGCCUAGUUAAGGACAUUGGUGCGGAUUGGGACAUCGACUAUGAGCUCAAUAUCAUUCUCACCGUUGAUCUUCCGGUUGUUGGGAACCUCAACAUUCCUGUCAACAGUUGCGGUGAGAUCAAACUCCCUACACUCUCCAGUUUGUUCGGUUCCAAAACCGCUACUACUUAA